AUGGUUUCGAAUAGAUACCCGAGCGACGAAGCGGUCGACAGGAUGAACUAUGAGAAGCGAUUCCUCACUGCAUGCGACAGCUUCAAGGCCAGCCUAUACGAGGAGCUUCGAAUGCUGAGUCUCGGAGACGGUCGCCGCGCCGAGAUCAUUCCAAACCUCCACAGACUGGUGAGGCUGCUGGAGGCCAUCUUUGUCCUAGGCGAGAAGAUGGCACAGACAUGUCCGAAUUCUCGCACUGUCUGCAAUAGGCCUGUAGACCACUUUUUCGGCCAGUUCGAGCAUCUUUGCCGCGACCGCAUUAUGGCGCCUUUGACCCAGGCCAUUGAUGACCUUGAAGCCGAUGAGCUGUCGGUAGAACCCAAGGCAAGCGUUGACUUUUGUGUAGCUUCGGAUUUGGAUGAUAUUCGUCCGAGUAAUAUCUUGCUCUCUAGCCGGCCGCUGCCCUUGGAUAUGGAAUAUGGUCACCUUUCUCGUCCAUGA